UGAUGCGCAAUCGGAAGCUACUGUGUUCGCAGGCACCAGUACACAUAUUGGAUUUAUCCUUCAUUUCUAUGGAUUUAUAUCAAACUUACCGUUUUGGAUGAUUUCAUGAUAUUUAAAUUAUUGUCAGCUACUUCUUUGUUUUGUGUAUGAACCAACAUGACGGAUGACCCAUACAACCGUUUCAUUCCGCCGCCGGAGGCACCUGUUUUCACUCCAACUGAGGAGGAGUUUACUGAUCCGCUGGGAUACUUGGACAAAAUCCGACCUAUUGCCGAGAAAACUGGGAUCUGUAAAAUAAAACCUCCACCGGAUUGGCAGCCACCAUUUGCAGUUGAUGUGGAUAAAUUCAAAUUUACUCCCAGAGUUCAAAGGCUCAAUGAGCUAGAGGCUCAAACUAGAAUCAAGUUGAACUUUUUGGACAAGCUUGCCAGAUUUUGGGAAUUGCAGGGCUGUUCUCUUAAGAUUCCUCAUGUUGAAAAGAAAUUGUUGGAUUUGUACAUGUUGUACAAGUGUGUUGAGGAUGUUGGAGGGAUGGAGAUACUGUCCAAGGAAAGGAGGUGGUCCAAGGUGGCCACCAAGAUGGGAUUUCCAUCCGGCAAAGGUGUAGGGGCUGUUCUCAGGGGCCACUACGAAAGAAUCCUUUACCCCUUCUACCUGUUCAUGAGGGGUGACUCCUAUGAAGCGAUAAGAAAAUGGCACUUAAAAGAACAAAAUGACAUCAAAGAUCUAAAGACAAAGACAUUACAGACUAAAAAGGAAAAGGUGGUUGAAGAAGAAUUCAAAGAUGACAAAGACGAUAAGGACUACCGUCCUCAUGGCAUAGCAGCCAAAUCUGCGGCAGGCAGUUACCGACGCCUGCCCAAGAGAGAGAGGGCCCUGAAAGAGGUCUGCACCCAGGCACAACAAUCUGCUCCCGAAGAGUCAUUAGAUAUUGAUUACUCGGUCAAUUCUGAGUUGAAGAAAUUGCAGUUUUUUGGAGCAGGGCCCAAAGCUGCUGUUCCACCUGUUCCUAAAGGUAAUUUGCUCCUGCUAAUUAUCAUUGCAUCAAAAAUUAAUAUAGAUUGA